AUGUCGGGAACCACUAUUGACGAUGUCGUAAAGCGACUCAGCACAGCUGAUAUAGAUGCUAGACUCAAACUCGAGGCGGCGACCACCUUGCGCGACAGCCUUGAACACUACACCAGUGGACCGAUAUACACACCGUUUCUCAAGAGGUUGAUGCCAAUCUUCAUCAACAUCCUCCGCGGACCAUGCAUCUUCCAAAGCAACUCACCGGAGCAGAAACUGCGCCAUUGCAUUUUAGAAGUCCUCCAUCGGCUGCCCACGACGAAUUCCCCAGUGGAACCCUUUGAACCGUACGCGGAAGAAAUAGUCGACUUAUUAAUGCAGCUCGUUCGCACCGACAAUGAAGAAAUUGCUACACUCUGCGUAAAGGUGACAUCGGACGUUAUGCGCCACCAGUUUAAGGUUCUUCAAGGAAAGGUACAGCCGUUCCUGUCAUUAAUCCAGGAGCUGUUUGAGCAGAUGGAAAAAGUCGUCAGGGAACAACUCGACAGUGUCGCUCCAUCCGCCGCGUCACAACCUGGCGCGCCGUCAACGCCAGGCGGCUCGCAGACAAAUUUUCAGUCUCCUCGACCUGGUUCGCCAGUGGCGUCGGUAUCAGACCUGGGGGCCGACCCCCAGCAGCAAAAUCGACCACUGCUCAAGGGGAUGCAGUCGUUUAAGGUGUUAUCCGAGUGCCCCAUAAUCGUCGUUUCGAUAUUUCAGGUGUAUCGCGCCGCCGUUCCGCAAAAUGUCAAGGCAUUUGUGCCAUUAAUCAAGCGAGUCCUGCUCAUUGAGGCGAGCGCCCAAAAGCAGGCGCACGCAGAGGCUGCUGCCAGGGGUCAGAUUCACACGGGUGUUAGUCACGGAAUAAAAGCAGAGCAGCGGGCUGCCUAUGGCGACUUUAUCACGGCCCAGGUCAAGACGAUGAGUUUUCUGGCCUACCUACUUCGCCAGUACUCACAGCAGCUAAACGACUUUUUGCCCACCUUGCCGGAAGUCGUGGAGCUAUUGAUAGCCAUUCGACACAUCAUCAACUAUAACUUUCGAAAGAUCUUCUUGCCAAAGAUUGACGAGCUGCUUGAUGAACGAACACUCACCGGUGAUGGCCUGACAGUCUACGAGACCAUGCGGCCGUUGGCCUAUAGCAUGCUUGCUGAUCUCAUUCACCAUGUCCGGGACUCGCUGAGCCCAGAGCAGAUUCGCAAAACUGUCGAAGUCUACACCCGAAACCUGCAGGACAACUUCCCUGGAACCAGCUUUCAAACCAUGAGCGCCAAGCUGUUGCUCAACAUGGCCGAAUGUAUUGCAAAGUUGCCAAACAAGGUGGAUGCAAGACACUACCUCAUGAUGAUACUAAAUGCCAUUGGCGACAAGUUUGCCUCCAUGAACCGGCAGUAUCCCAAUGCUGUUAAACUGUCAAAGCAGUACCAGGCCGAGGCGGGCACCCAGGAGACAUAUCUUGCCGACAAGGAAUCCCGACCGGAUUGGGACGAGACCGACAUCUUUUCUGCGGUACCCAUUAAGAUAUCCAACCCGAGAGAUCGAGGCGCUGACCCCGUGGUGGACAACAAGUUUCUAUUCCGGAACCUGAUGAAUGGGCUCAAGAAUACAUUUUACCAGCUGCGAACCUGUAAUAUCGGCAAGCCCAUUGAUCCCCAGAAUGCGCCCUCGCACUGGACCGACGUCUCCUAUGGUUUUACGGCGGAAGAAGUCAAGGUCAUUAUCAAGUUAUUCAGAGAAGGCGCAUACGUCUUUAGGUACUACGAGAUUGAGAAACCGGCAGCCGAGUCGCAGUACGUGUCCCCCGUCGAGUACAUGGCAAACUUUUACAUGGUGUCGAGCACCAAGGAGGAAAAGGACCUGUUGGAAACCUUUGCCACCGUCUUUCACUGCAUUGAUCCCGCCACAUUCCACGAAGUAUUUCAGCAAGAGAUUCCACGACUGUACGACAUGAUCUUUGAGCACACCGGCCUGUUGCAUAUACCCCAGUUUUUCCUAGCAAGCGAGGCUACUUCACCUAGCUUUUGCGGCAUGCUUCUUCAGUUUCUCAUGGAACACAUCGACGAGGUGGGCUCGGCAGACGUCAAAAAAUCGUCCAUCUUGUUACGACUCUUCAAGUUGGCGUUCAUGGCCGUUACCCUCUUUGCUCAGCAGAAUGAGCAGGUCCUCCUGCCACACGUGGUCAAUAUUGUCACCAAGUCAAUCGAGCUGUCCACAAAGGCGGAAGAGCCAAUGAAUUACUUUCUUUUGCUGCGAUCCCUCUUCCGUAGUAUAGGCGGAGGCAAGUUUGAGCAACUGUACAAGCAGAUUUUGCCCCUGUUGGAAAUGUUGCUGGAUGUCCUCAACAAUUUGCUCAUGGCCGCACGAAAGCCGUCGGAGCGAGACUUGUACGUGGAGCUGUGCUUGACCGUCCCGGCUCGCCUGAGUCACUUGCUGCCGCAUUUGAGCUUCCUGAUGCGGCCCUUGGUCGUCGCCCUGCGCGCCGGCACCGAACUCGUCGGCCAGGGUCUCCGGACGCUCGAGCUCUGUGUCGACAACCUGACCGCCGACUACCUCGACCCCAUCAUGGCCCCCGUCAUCGACGAGCUCAUGACUGCCCUCUUCAACCACCUGCGCCCUCACCCCUACAGCCACUUCCACGCCCACACCACCAUGAGAAUUCUGGGCAAACUCGGAGGCAGAAACCGCAAGUUCAUGACGGGCGCCGUCCCGCUGGAGUACAGGGGAUAUGCCGACGACCCGUCAAGCUUUGACCUGCGUCUCAUUGGAUCGAAAAAGGACAGGGCGUUCCCGGCCGACCUUGGCAUCGACAGCGCCAUCCAGAAGCUGAUGGAGGUGCCAAAGAUGGGAAAGAAUAGCCAGAAUCUUCGCGCGUACGACGAAUACUACAAAAAGCAGGCACUUCACCUCAUCAUGUCACAGGUCAGACUUCGCGUCGGCCAUGACCAACUCCCAGACGACCUGCCCCGGAUUGUGCGCCUCCAGGCCCAGGACCUUUUGGCUCGAAAGCUGGACAUGAAUUUUGCGCCCUUCGAAGUGACGAACCGGGAAAAGUCCAUUCCCAAGAAGGACGAGCAGGACAAGAUCACCAAGCAGCUCAUCAAGGCGGUCAUGUUUGCCCACUCUCUUGCUGCUGCAUCCAAGGACGAAGCUGACGCAUUCCUCAUGGACUUGUGCCGCCACUUUGCGCUCAUUGAAGUCGGUCGGUCGUUGGUGGAUCUGAAGCGAAAUUUUAGCCCCUUUGAUCCCAAGGCUGGCGAAGGCCCGCUCUGCAUUGACACGCGCAUCAUGUCGGACGCAAUCGUCGAGUCGCUGGCGUCCGACCACCCAGACGUCCGGGACGCCGCCAAAAAGGCCAUUCGCGAGCUGUACCGGAGCACCGGCAUCAUCCUCGGAUCCGAGAGCGCCGUGGGACGCCUGCCAUUGUUUAGCCACCUCAGCAGCACGUUUUGCCACAGCUGCUACGAAGAAGAGUGGUUUACCAAAACGGGUGGCAGCCUCGGCAUCAAUUUCUUGCUUACGGAGCUCGACUUUGGCGACACUUGGGUGGCAUCAAAGCAGAUGGAGUUUAUUCGCGCCCUCAUGUACGUGAUCAAGGACAUGCCGCAAGACCUGCCGGAGAAGACCAGGUGCCUCGCCCAGACCAGCCUGGAGGUGCUUCUGAGGCGCAUCACCAAGAACAUCAAGAAGGAGGAUGCCCUGCCCGUCCAAACCCAGCCGGGCCAGCCUCCCGUCAAGCAGUCGAGGCUGGCGCAGAUUUGCAUGCAGUUUAGCAACGAGCUGUCUCACAUGAACAAGUUUGUCCGCGAAACGGCAAGGAACUCGCUUUCCCUUGUUGCAAAGGCGGCCGGGUGCGAAGUGUGGGAACUGCUCGAGCCGUACAAGGAGCGAUUCCUGCAGCCAAUCUACUCGAAACCGCUCAGGGCACUCCCCUUUAGCAUUCAGAUUGGAUACAUCAACGCCAUGACGUACCACAUGAGCCUCAAGAACGACUGGGUCAAGUUUGACGACAACCUGAAUCGCCUGCUGAUGGAAUCGCUCGCCCUAGCUGACGCAAACGACGAGUCUCUGGCGAACAAGCCCGCCGAGUACCGUACCCACGAUCACAUUGUAAACCUGCGCGUCUCGUGCAUCAAGCUGCUGAGCACGGCCAUGACCUUUGAAGAGUUUGCCAACAACCCCAUCAAGGGCAAGAUUCUGUCCGUCUUCUUCAAAUGCCUCUACUCGGAGUCGAAGCCAACCAUUGCCGCCGCGAAUGACGCCCUCAAGUCCGUCUUGACCGUUGACAGGCGUCUGCCCAAGGACCUGCUGCAGGGAGGGCUUCGGCCGGUGCUGCAGAGCCUGUCCGAUCCCAAGCGACUCAGCGUCCACGGCCUCGACAACCUGUCCCGGCUGCUCAAGCUGCUCACCAGCUACUUCAAGGUCGAGAUUGGAGCCCGCCUGCUGGACCAGAUCGAUUCCGUCGUGGAGCCCAGCGCGUGGCAGCAGAUUUCCUUCACCUUUUUUGAGCAGCACCAGCACAUGAAGGUCAUCACCGCCAUCCUCCACAUUUUCCACCUCUUGCCGGCCCCCGCGGAGGCGUUCAAGGAGCGCCUCAUUGACUGCUUUCUCGGGCUGGAGGAGAAGCUGCGGCGGACAAUCCAAAGCCCCUUCCGCCAGCCCAUGUAUUUGUACCUCAACAGGUACCCCAAGGAAAUCUGGACCUUUUUGCUCGGCAGGCUCGACGAGCUCAAGUACGGCAGGCUGCUCGCGCAAGUGCUUCGGCAUCCGGACAGUGGUCCGUUGAGAGACGCGGCCGUGGAAGGCCUCGGCGCGUUGAUGACCAAGUGCAAUGAGCUGGCGGGCCAGGGCAACGAGAAGAAAUUUAUUGGCAUCGUCAAUGCGGUCCACAUUCUGGACUCCAUCAGCCACUUCCCAAACACGACGGCUUGGCUGGACAAGAAGGAGAACACGACUUGGCUCAAGGCCAUGGGCAAGGAGCUGGAGGGCCACAUUCGCAGCUACACCCUGCCCGCCGCGCUCCGCCUGCCCGCCUACCAGGCCGCAGAGCAGCUCAUGAACGUCCUGGUCAAGUCCCUGGAGAGGAGCCCGAGGGACCUGGAUGCCCUGUUCAACCUCAUCGAGCUGGUCACAAGCAGCGAACUCAGGGCCACGCACAGCCUGUUUGCCUUUAUAUACGACAACAUCAUCACGAGCGAAUCGAUGGAGUUUUGGAAGUCUACCUUUUUGCGCUGCCUGGACGCGUACGCGGGCAAGUCGGCGUCCAACAAGACGAAGCACUUUUUGCUUCACUACGUCGCCAAUCCCAUUGUCGCCAUGGACGUGAUGCGGCACUGGAACCAGCCGGACCAGACAAAGGCGCAGAGGCUCAUGGACCGGCCCGUCAUGGAUGCCAUCAGCAGCAAGAUCUGGAAAGUCCAUCCGGACAUGUCACCAGACGAUCAGUCACAACCCGGCAUUGACCACACGCGGUUCGAGGUCCUGCAGCUUUCGGCGAUGCUCGUCAAGUACCACCACGCGGCGCUUCAGGAGGCCAGAAAGGACAUCAUCAAGUUUGGAUGGACGUUUAUCCGCCUCGAGGACGUCAUCAACAAGCACGCCGCCUACGUCGUCAUUGGUUACUUCAUUGCUCACUACGAGACGCCCCCCAAGAUUGUCAGCCAGGUGUACCUGUCGCUGCUCAAGACGAACCAGAACGAAGGCCGGGCUCUCGUAACGCAGGCGCUGGAGCUCAUCGCCCCCGUUUUGCCCAAACGGUGCGGAGGCGGGCCGAACGAACGCAACGCCGCCUGGGCCGUCGCACCACGCCGCAUCCUCGCAGACGAGGGCCAAAACGCCCAGCAGAUGACCAGCAUCUUUCACUUCCUGGUUAGACACCCAGACCUCUUCUACGACGCCCGAGACAAGUACGUCUUGCCGCUCAUCAGCUCCCUUAGAAAGGUGGCUGUGCCUCCCAACCCGUCGCACGAGAGUAAGAAGCUGGCGAUGAACAUGAUGUGGUUGAUUUGGCAGUGGGAGCAGUGGCGUGUCGAGGGCCGGCCGGGCUCACCGAUCAUGGGUCGCGACCCGUCCGAAUCGCCGACAACCAGGAAGAGGAAGCUGGAUGGCGGCAGCGGCGGCGGCGAUCAGCCGAUGUCCUCGCCACCCACCGUACGACAGGCUGCACCGGUGAAUGAGUACCAGAUUCCCCCGGUCUUGCGGCAAAAGAUGAUCAAGUAUCUCGUUGAAUUCAUUGCCCAGCUCAACGAACGAUACCAGCUUCCCUCGGCCAAGCCCCGAGAACACAGCACGCCCUCCUUGCCCCUGCCUCCGCAAAGCACAGAAUUGUGCAAGAGGGCCAUGACUUUGCUCUACAACUUGGUGCAGCCCCAGUACUGGGGCGACUUGGAGCUUGAUCUGUUUCCAAAUGUCACCGACGUCAUCCUGGGCAGCGACAAGACGCAGGUCAUCCUCACUGCCGAUCCAACCGACAAGGAAAAGUACGACGAGAAGUUUCUCACAAACAUUAUCAACACGCUGCAAGUUGUGCGCAUUGUUCUCAAUUUCAAGUCGGAUGAGUGGGUGCAAAAGAAUGUCGCCGCCGUGCAAAAGGUGCUGGAAAAGUGCCUCAAAUGCGAGAACCCAGAGAUUCAAGAUUGCCUGCAUCUCGCGGACAAGGAGUACGACGAUGGCCGCGAUCUCAAGUCCAUCGUCAAGCGAGUGCUCGACGCGGUGCCCGAGGACACCCCCAUGGAAGACGCGGACGCCGAUGGCGAGCCCGAAGUGCAGACGUCGGAGAUUGUCUCGUACCUGUCCCAGGCGGCCACCGAGGCGAUGAACAGCAGCUCGUACAUUUCCGGCGUCAGCCUGCUCUGGUCCAUCGGCAACCGCAAGCCGGCCGUCAUUGACCAGCACAUUCCGUCGCUGAUGAAGGCCCUGCAGAGCAAGCACGCGCGGGAGCACGUCCAGCACUACAACGCGGCGGCCAGCCAGGCGGCCAGCCAGGGGAACCGCGGCCAGGACGGCAACUCACCGGCCGGCGAGAUGAGUGCGUACGAUCUGGAAAUCCAGACCAAGCUCAUGAUUAAGGAGAUUCAAACCGUGGCCCUGCGAAUGGAAACCCUGGGCGACAACAGGCGACCGUUUCUCAGCGUGCUCGCCACGCUCGUCGAAAAGUCGAUGCACAUUGAGCUCUGCACAGAAAUCCUGACCAUGGUGGAGGGAUGGGUAUUUCGGUCCGAGGGGACGUGGCCCACGCUCAAGGAAAAGACUGCUGUCUUGCAUAAGAUGCUCUCUUUUGAACACCGAAGCGAUCCCACCAUGCUGCAAAAGUUUCUGGACCUCGUCAUUCGCAUAUACGAAGACCCCAAGAUUACCCGGACCGAGCUGACGGUGCGGAUGGAGCACGCCUUUCUCAUUGGCACGCGGGCGACGGACGUCGAGAUGCGCAACCGCUUCAUGUCCAUCUUUGACAAGAGCUUGUCAAAGACUGCCAGCGUCCGGCUGUCCUACGUCUUGACCUCGCAGAACUGGGACACCCUGGCCGACUCGUACUGGCUGGCGCAGGCCUCGCAGCUCUUGCUGGGUGCCGUCGAGCAAAACACAAACAUCCAGCUUCACCACGACGACUUCAAGGUCAUCUCGGCCUCGCAGCUCGCCGUAGUGUAUCCCAGAGACAAGGACAGCAGGGAACCAAACUUGAUGCCCGACGACAAAUUUGAGGCGUUCAUGGCCGGCCACCGGCGUUUUGUGUCCGAGCUCGGCGACGUCAAGGUUCGAGACAUUGUCGAGCCACUGAUGCAGCUUCAGCAUGUCGACAACCAGCUGGCACACCAACUCUGGAUCACCAUCUUCCCCAUGUACUGGUCCGCCACCGUGCGGGACGAACGCGCGGACCUUGAGCGCGGCAUGGUGGCCCUCCUGACCAAGGACUACCACAGCCGUCAAAUCGACAAGCGGCCCAAUGUCGUGCAGUCGCUGGUGGAGGGAGCCGCCAAGACGUGGCCGGACUGCAGGCUGCCGCCUCACGUCCUGAAGUUUGAAGCCAAGACGUACGAUGCGUGGUACACGGCCCUGGUGCAGCUCGAGAACGCCGCCAUGAGACCGGAGAUUGAAUCCGCCACCGUCAGGGAGAGCAACCUGGACGCGCUGGUCGAGUUGUAUGCCUCGCUGCAAGAGGACGACUUGUUCUACGGCACGUGGCGACGUCGGUGCCAAUUCGUGGAGACGAACGCAGGGCUCUCCUAUGAGCAGAAUGGCAUGUGGGACAAGGCGCAGAAGCUCUACGAGAAUGCCCAAAUCAAGGCCCGCACGGGGGUCAUACCCUUUUCCCAGGCCGAGUACAUGCUCUGGGAGGACCACUGGGUGCUGUGCGCGCAGAAGCUGCAGCAGUGGGAGAUUCUGCAAGACUUUGCCAAGCACGAGAACUUCCAAGACCUGCUCCUCGAGUGUGCCUGGCGCAACACGGAGAUGUGGCAAGACGCCCAGCACCGCGAGGCGCUGGACAAUGUCAUCAAGGGGGUCAUGGACGCGCCCACUCCGCGACGGGCCUUCUUCCAGGCCUUCAUGUCCCUGCUCAAGUUCCACAACCAGCAAGAGAGCGGCAACGACUUUGCCAGGGUCUGCGACGAGGCCAUCCAGCUGUCGAUCCGCAAGUGGCAUCAGCUUCCCGAGCGGCUGACAAACGCGCACAUUCCACUGCUGCAAAACUUUCAGCAGCUCGUUGAGCUUCACGAUGCCAGCGUCAUUUGCCAGUCCCUGGCGAACACAAACUCGUCCAACCUGGACCUCAAGUCUGGAGAGCUCAAGCUGCUCCUGGGCGCGUGGCGCGACCGGCUGCCCAACGUCUGGGACGACAUCACCGCGUGGCAGGAUCUCGUCACCUGGCGGCAACACAUUUUCAGUCUCAUCAACCAGACGUACCUGCAGCUGCUCCCCCAGCAGGGCCAGCAGAAUGCCGGGGGCGCCUCUUCGUUUGCCUACCGGGGAUACCACGAGACGGCCUGGAUCAUCAACCGAUUCGCCCAUGUGGCGCGCAAGCACAGCCUCCCGGAAGUGUGCAUCAGCCAGCUUAGCCGCAUUUACACGCUGCCAAACAUAGAAAUUCAGGAAGCGUUUCUCAAGCUCAGAGAGCAGGCCAAGUGUCAUUACGAGAACCCCGAAGAGCUGUCGAGUGGCCUGGACGUGAUCAACAACACCAACUUGAACUACUUCAACCCUCAGCAAAAGGCUGAAUUCUACACCCUCAAGGGCAUGUUCCUGGAGAAGCUCAACCAAAAGGACGAGGCGGACAACGCGUACGGCACUGCGCUCUACUUUGACAUUGGUGCCCCCAAGGCGUGGGCGGAAUGGGGCUACUUCAACGACAGGAAAUUCAAGGAGGACCCGACCGACUUGAACGCGGCUCGACAGGCGCUGACUUCAUAUCUCCAGGCGGCCGGGAGCUACAAGAAUGCCAAGUCUCGCAAGCUGCUCGCUCGCAUUCUGUGGCUUCUUAGCCUGGACGACUCCAAGGGCACGAUUGCCAUGGGCUUUGACGACUUCAAGGGCGAGACGCCGGUGUGGUACUGGAUCACCUUUAUCCCGCAGCUGCUUACCGGACUGGGCCACAAGGAAGCACCCCGCGUGUACCAGAUUCUUGUUUCCAUUGCCAAGUCGUAUCCGCAGGCACUGUAUUUCCUGCUGCGCACGAACCGCGAGGACAUGAACAUCAUCAAGAAGAAUCAGGAGGCCAAGGAACGGGCUCGUCAACAGCGCGCUCACUCCAUGGCCUCCAAUGGCAAGGCGAAUUCGUCGUCUCCUCUGCAAACCAAGACCGAGCCGCCCAAGGCAGCCGCAGACGGAGGCGCCUCAUCCUCACGACCAGGCACAGCGACCGAGGGAGACGCUGCCGGACAAGUCAAGACGGAAGGCGGUGAUGCUGCCGCCUCUGCCGGCACGCCAGCCACGGCCAAUGCGUCCACGCCAACUCCCGCCACCGCUGCCGCCGCCCAGAAGCAGCCGGACCAGGCCACAUCGACCAACCCGAAUCACAAGAAGAUGCCCUGGGAACUCACCGAGGAAAUCAUGUCUGUCCUCAAGACGGCUUUCCCCCUGCUCGCCCUGUCGAUGGAGACCAUGGUGGAUCAGAUUCAAAAGCACUUCAAGUGCCCGCCAGACGAGGACGCCUACCGACUGAUUGUGGCCCUGCUCAACGAUGCCCUGACCUAUGUCAGCCGCACGCCGGCUUCGUUUGCCAAGAGCGUCAAGCUGCCCUCUGCGACCGAGACCAACAUUACGCGGUUUGCAGAGACGAUUCUGCCAAACCACAUCAAGAAGUCGUUUGAGGCCGACUUUGUGGACGUCAAGCCAACAAUGUACGAAUACAUCCACAAACUGCGCCGCUGGCGUACCAAGUUUGAAGAGAAGCUAGAUCGUCGCGUCGCCCACACACCCCUCGAGUCCUUUUCUCCACACCUGAGCGAAUUCCGAUAUCAAAAGUUUGACGAGGUGGAGAUCCCCGGCCAGUACCUGCAGCACAAGGAUAAGAAUCAGGAUUUCAUCCGCAUAGAGAGGUUCUUGCCAAACGUGGACUUGGUCCGCUCGUACAGCACGUCGUACCGCCGCCUCAAGAUGCGCGGCCACGACGGCAGCGUGCACUCGUGGGCGGUGCAGCACCCGGCGGCGCGCCAUUGCAGACGCGAGGAGAGGAUUCUGCAACUGUUUAGACAUCUCAACCAGACCCUAGGACGGAAAAAGGAGAGCCGCCGCCGAGACUUGCAGUUCACUCUGCCGCUGAUGGUUCCUCUUGCCCCCCACAUAAGAAUUGUCCAAGAGGACACCUCGUAUGUCACGCUGCAGGCAGUCUACGAAGAUCACUGUCGCCGCAUGGGCUUUUCCAAGGAUGACCCGGUCCUGUUCACGCUUGAGAAGUUGCGUGGUGUGCUUGAGAGCAAGAGCCAGGGCAAACCCGAGCUGACUCCGCCAGCAAGGCUGGAAGUGUUCAACGCCGUUCAGGAGAAGUGGGUGCCGUCUACGGUCGCGCUGGAAUACUUUCAGCAGGUGUUCCCGCAGUUUGCAGAGUUCUGGCUCUUCCGGAGGCAAUUCUCAUAUCAGCUCGCGGCCCUCACGUUUAUGACGUACAUUUUGUACAUGCACAACCGGUACCCUGCCAAGAUCAACAUCGCACGGGGCUCAGGCAACAUUUGGGGAUCGGAGCUCAUGUCGUUCAUGAGCGCCUCCAAGCCCUUCUUCCACAACCCGGAGCCGGUCCCGUUCCGCCUGACACCCAACCUGCAGGUUCUCAUGGGUCCGUUGGCGACUGAGGGCAUCUAUGCCUGCUCGCUGAUGGCCAUUGCUCGCUGCCUCACGGAGCCAGAACAUGAGCUGGAGCAUGCACUCACGCUCUUUGUGCGAGACGAAAUGAUUUUCUGGCUCACGAGCAGCCACCGAAACGGGAUCAGUGAAAGCCAGCUACGCGACUCUGUCCAGGUUAACAGCGACUCGAUUGUCAAGAGGGCGGCCAGCUUGGCUCACAAUCCAUCCGGCAACUUGCCGGCGAACCAGACGGUGAUUGAUGCCAUUGCCAAGGCUGUCAACCCAAUGAACCUGGCGCAGUGCGAUGCUCUGUGGAUGCCGUACCUUUAA